AUGAGAGCUUUAGUUGGUGUUAAGCGUGUCUUAGAUUACACAACAACAAAAAUCAGAGUUAAGCCUGAUGGUUCUGGAAUUGAUCUUUCAGGUAAAUAAAUCAUUAAUCCCUUCUGCGAAAUAGCCAUCGAAGAAGCUAUCAAACUUAAAGAAAAAAAUAUCAUCAAGGAAGUUGUUGCAUUAUCUAUUGGUCCUAAGACCUUCUAAGAAACUUUAAGACACUCUUUGGCUAUGGGUGCUGAUAAGGCUAUUCAUAUCAGUACCGAUUUAUCACCUGAUCAAAAAUUAUAACCUUUGAUUGUUGCCAAGAUUCUUCAAAAGAUUAUUGAAAGAGACAAUUUUGAAUUAGUUUUAUUAGGAAAGUAAUCUGUUGAUGAUGAUUUCAAUCAAACUGGACAAUUAUUAGCUGGUUUACUAGAUUGGCCCUAAGCUACUUUUGCUUCAUAAAUUACCAUAAAAGAUAAGGAUGUUGAAGUUACCAGAGAAAUUGAUGCUGGUCUUUAAACAAUUGGAUUCAAGUUACCAGGAGUUAUUACUUGUGACUUAAGAUUGAAUACCCCAAGAUAUGCUAAGAUUCCUGAUAUUAUGAAGGCUAAAAAGAAACCCUUAGAAGAAUUAUAGUUAAACAGCUUAGGUAUUGAUUUAAAUACUGGUUUAGAAGUUAUUAAAACUGAAGCACCAUAAUAAAGAAAGGGUGGUUAGGUAUUAUCUAGUGUUGAUGAACUAGUUAACAAAUUAAGAAACGAAGCUAAGUUAUUUUGA